UUUCUCUCACUCUCUCUCUCUCUCCCCUAUGAAUUCAUGACUCAACGACCUCCAUCCCCUGCAUCUGCUCCAACUUCCAACUGACCAAGUCUGCCAGAGCCACGGUCUUUACCAUCUGCUCCCACAAACGGCCCUCACCAUCCACUCUCGACCCUUCACGAUCCCACACUCCCAAGAGGGCCAGUCAUGUGAAUUCACACACACCAUAAGCUCCAAUCUUCUUCCAACAGAUGAUAGCCAAAUUCUCUCUUAGCCAGUCUCUUUCUCUCUCCCCCAUGAUGAGAUAGAGUCUCUCUCUCUCUUGGAUACCUCUCGAGUCACGGCUUCAAGAAACCCAGUUGCUUGGUUUCUGCCCUGAACACAGAGACCCAGAAAGCCAAAAAUGGUCCUUUUGCUCCGAGGCCACUGAAUUCUUGCAAAAAUGGUGGAAGAAGAGACGACCCACGAGGUGAAACCAAGAGGGAGCAGCCUCAAACGCGCCGUCGAGCGCUUGUCCUUGCUGAUUUCUCUGUCCCACUCCGUCAAAGUCUUCUCCGUGAAAUGGCAGCUCAUAAGGAACAAGCUAGAGGAGUUGAAUUCCGGGUUGGUCUCGAUCGAAGACGCCGGCUCCGCGCGGAACCCGGCGGUCUCGGGCCUGGUACGCGCGCUGAUGGUCACGCUGAGCGAAAGCGGCGAUCUUGCCAAGAGGUGUGUCGAUCUUUCGUACAGUGGGAAGCUCCUGAUGCAGAGUGAUUUGGACAUAGUCUUGGCCAAGUUCGAUCGGUAUGUGAAGAAUCUUUCGGAGAUAUAUUCGACAGGUAUUUUGACUCCUGUGAACGCCAUUGUUGUGUCUAGGCCUGGUCUUGGUGCUUGUAAGGAUGAUAUGAGGUUUUACGUUAGGGAUUUGUUGACAAGAAUGAAAAUUGGUGACACUGCGAUGAAGAAGCAGGCUUUGGUCAGUUUGUAUGAAGUGAUGAAUGAGGAUGACAAGUAUGUGAGGAUAGCUGUGGAGGUUGGUGGCAUUGUGAAUGCGUUGGUGGGUUUUCUUGAUUUCUCGGAGGUGGCAGAGAUUCAAGAAGAGGCUGUGAAGGCGGUUUCGGCAAUGGCCAGGUUCGAUUGGUGUAAGGGGGUGUUGGUUGGUGCAGGGAUAAUUUGGCCGCUGAUUAGGGUUUUGGAAUGCGGGAGUGAAAAGGGCAAGGAAGGGUCUGCAAGGUGUUUGAUGAAAUUUACGGAAAAUGCGGAUAACGCGUGGUCUGUGUCCGCUCAUGGCGGAGUCACUGCUUUGCUCAAAGUAUGUGCUAAUGGCAAUUCGAAAGCAGAGUUGAUUUGUCUUGCUUGUGGGGUGUUGAGAAAUCUUGUCCCUGUCGAGGAAAUUAAGAGGUUCAUGGUUGAAGAAGGUGCGGUGUCAACGUUCAUCAAGCUUUCCCAAUUGAAGGUUGACAAUGUGCAGAUAAGUUCGAUCGAGUUCCUUCAGGGCAUAGCGUCCGAAGAUGAUUCGAUCAGCCAAAUGGUCAUAAGAGAAGGAGGAAUUCGUGUGCUAGUACGCAUUUUGGAUCCUACAUUGCCGAUAUCAUCCAAAACUAGAGAGGUAUCUCUUCAAGCCAUCGAGAAGUUAUGCUUCUCCUUGCCAAGUUGUAUCAACAUGUUGGUGAGUUAUGGAUUCAUUGAGCUUUUGCUUAAUUUCCUUCGCAACGGCGAGGCUUCAGUCCAAGAAUUAGCUCUGAAAGUGGCAGCCAAGUUAUGUGCCACUUCGGAGGAGGCAACAAGGGCACUGGGGGAUGCAGGGUUCUUGCCCGAGUUUGUUAGGUUUCUCGAUGCAAAAUCAUUUGAAGUUCGCGAGACGGCGGCAGAAGCGCUCUCAGCGAUGGUUCUAGUCCCGAAAAACCGGAAGAGGUUCGUGCAGGAGGACCGCAACAUUGGAUUACUGAUGCGUCUCCUCGAGCCAGAGGAGGUAAAUUCUGGUUACAAGAAGUUCUUGUUUUCCACAUUGAUGGCGUUAACGAGUUGCCACAGCACAAGGAAAAAGAUUGUGAAUUCCGGGCAUCUGAAAACCUUGGAAAAGCUCGCGGAAGCCGAAGUUUCAGACGCCAAACGGCUUGUCCGGAAGCUAUCCACUAACCGAUUCAGAAGUAUGUUGAGUGGAAUAUGGCAUUCUUAAAAAGCAACCUUCUAUUUUUUAAAUCAAAUUCACUGUACAUGUACAUCUAAAGUGUUUCCCAGGAAGGUCUUCUUUAACUUGUUUUGCAACAAUGUCUCUUCCUCCUUGGUUUCUGCCCUUUUCCCUUUUUGCAGAAAGAGAUUUUAGAACAGCUUUUUUUUGUUGGUUUAGAUUGUAAUCAAUCAAAUAGUACAUGUCCUGUAAUAAAGCUGCUAUAGUGAAUGUUGCUUCCGAGAUACUAACCUGGCAUUGCGUUGUUGGAUUCAA